UGGGUGGAGUCUGAGUUAAGGUCAGAAGUAUCUUUCAGGGAACCAGGAGCUUAGGAUCAUGUCAGGGAAGCCCAGGCUUACCUACUUGAAUGGAAGGGGCCGGAUGGAGCCCAUACGAUGGCUGUUGGCAGCAGCUGGUGUGGAGUUUGAAGAAGUUUAUUUGGAAACAAAAGAGCAGUAUGAAAAGUUAAUCAAAGAUGGAUUCCUGCUCUUCCAGCAAGUGCCCCUGGUUGAGAUCGAUGGGAUGAAGAUGGUGCAGACCAGAGCCAUCAUGAGCUACAUAGCAGGGAAAUACAAUCUCUAUGGGAAAGACUUGAAGGAGAGAGCCCUGAUUGACAUGUAUGUGGAGGGAAUAUCAGAUCUGAUGCAAAUGAUUUUGAUGUUUCCUUUCUCUCCACCUGAUGCAAAGGAGAAAAAUCUUGAGUCAAUUAAGGAGAGAGCAACUAACAGGUACUUUCCAGUAUUUGAAAAGGUUUUGAAACAACACGGCCAAGACUUUCUUGUGGGCAACAAAUUCAGCUGGGCAGAUGUUCAGCUAAUGGAAGCCAUUUUAGCAGUGGAGGAGAAAGUUCCUGAUGUGCUCUCAGGGUUUCCUCAGUUGCAGGUGUUUAAAACCAAAAUGAGCAAUAUGCCUACAAUUAAGAAGUUCCUGCAGCCUGGCAGCCCAAGGAAACCCCCACCAGAUGCCCAUUAUGUAGAAACUGUGUUGAAGGUUUUUAAGAAAUGAAAGCCUUGCCACCUUUGGUGAGACCCAAAAUGCUGGGAGAGCAGGAGAAAGCAGAGCAGCAACCCCAAACCCUAACCCAAAGAAGAAGGAAGCUCAGCAAAUUAGUAUUGUUUUAGUUAAAACCAGUACUAGAGGAACAAAGCAACCCAUACCAGAAAUAAAGCAUUCUGUUACACUG